AUGGCCAUGUGCACAAGUUCGCUUUUUCGUCCAUUUCAAUCCAUGCAGAUGAUCAGUGCCGAAUUCCGCCAUGGCACAAAUAUAGUGAGCUGUAUGCAAAGUAGAUACCUUCGCUCAGGUAGCUGUCACCUUGCUGCCAAGUUACCAGUUGUACAUGACAAUGGCUUUAGCUGUGAGUGGCCUGAAAAGCACAGAUUUAAAAUGGCAAAGUUUCUUAAAGUAAUGGAAUGGAUCAUCAAAGACAAUCUAUCAGGGUCUGUCAAAAUCUUUCAACCAAUGGAACCACCUUAUGAAGUUGUUACACGUGUUCACAACUGUGACUAUGUAGAUGGUUUUAUCUCAGGAAGCAUUCCUCCAAAAGAAAUGAGGAAAACUGGCUUUCACUGGUCAGAGGGCCUUGUGAGAAGAUGUUUACUUGAAGUAGGUAGGAAUUUGUGUUAAAAUUAAGUAUGUGCAUGGAUUAGGGUGCUGAAGUAACAAACAGAGUUUUGCAGGGGGAGACUUGCCCCUGAUCCAGAGACCCUCACCAAUAUGAUAGUGAAUACUAUGUUUGACCAAAAUGAAACUCCUUAUAUCCUCAGCACAGUUAGUAUUACUCUUCUCCCCUUCCCACAUUCCAGUAACAGAUCUAGGGGGAGGGUCGAGGGAUUUUUGACUUCUUGUCUGACACCAACAGUCUUGCAACAAAAGAAUCACAUGAUACGAGUGUUUCAAAUUAACUUCUCUAGUGAGGAGAGACAGCCCGCAGAAUAGUUCAGUAUUCUAAUUUGAAUUAAUUUUG